AUGAGUCUUGGUCUUCAUGGAGUGGCUUUCGUUUCUGGUGCCGGGGGCGGUAUAGGGAGAGAGUGUGUUAAGCAGCUGGUGCGGGAAGGAUGCACUCGGGUUUUUGCUACUGACAUCAAGGAAUCGGCAUUGGAAGAAACCGUCAGCGUGGCAAAGCGACUCAAUUCAAAGGCGAAUAUCGAUACAGAAGUGGCAGAUAUAAGUCGUCCCGAAGUGAUCGAUGCGUUGAUCAGUCGAGCUGUUCAGUCGUUUGGCCGAGUUGAUUAUGCUUUCAACAUCGCAGGCGUCACAGGAAAGCUCGAAUCGAUCGAUAAGCUAACUUUGGAUGACUACCAACUGGUUGAGUCAAUCAACGCAAGAGCGGUCUGGUUAUCUGAGCGAGCGCAAAUCACUCAAAUGUUGACCCAAGAACCUCUGCCAACCCAUGAUGGCCGUCCUGGUAGUAGAGGCGUUAUAGUCAACGUGGCAUCUGUCUGUGGUUUUAUUGGGUUUCCUGAUUCUACACCAUAUACAAUGUCCAAACAUGCCGUGAUAGGCCUCACAAGAAGCGAUUCCACCAGCUUCGCCGCCAAGGAUAUACGAGUCAACGCUGUCUGUCCUGGGAUCAUUGACACUGCGAUAUUAGGCCCAACCAGAGAUUAUUCCCUCGAAUACUGCCAGACAUUCACGCCGAUGAAGCGUCUAGGUACCCCGCAAGAAAUCGCGGAAGUUGCCACCUUUCUAGCGUCCACCAGGGCAAGCUAUAUAUGCGGAGCUGUAAUCCCAGUCGACGGAGGAUACACCGCUCAGUGAACCCGGGCAGGUCAGAGGCUACAGCGGUCGUGAAGUUCAGAUGACGGCGAAGCUUAUCGUCUAUAGUCG